GAAAAUGAUUAUAGAUUAUAACCUUGAAGAAAAUAAAUGAUUACAAGAUUUGUACACGAUACGUAAAAUGUGGAUUCCAGCUUAUGUCAAGAAAACGUUUUAUGCAGGGAUGUCAACGACACAACGGAGUGAAGGCAUGAAUGCCUUCUUUGAUUAUUUUGUAAGUCAUAAGUCAACGUUAUUAGAAUUUGCAGAAGGAUAUGAUCGCGCUUUACAAAAACGUCGGCAUAAUGAGUUGAAAUCGGAUUGUGACACUUUAUAUAGUAUACCUGUAGCAAUAACCUCGAUCGAUAUUGAAAUAGAGAUGGCAAAAAUUUAUACAAGAGAAGUAUUUUAUGACUUUCAAGUAGAGGUGAAGGAAAGUGCUUUACUUGUUAAUAAGCUGGUAGUAAGGGAAGGACCAUUAAGUAAAUAUAAUAUAUUCGACUAUAGAAGGAAUGAUAAAAUGUAUACAAUUAUUUGGAACCAUGAUGAACGGGUUGGUUCUUGUACUUGUCAGAGCUUCGAAUUUCGUGGGAUUGUUUGCAGGCAUUUAUUAGUUGUGUUCAAGGAAGAAUCCAUCAUAAAAAUGCCUUCUCAUUAUAUACUUAAAAGGUGGACACGUAAUGCGAAAGAAAAAAAUAAAAGUGACUCAACUCAUUUGUCUUCAAACAUUGAUGAGUCAACCAUUUUGGGGCGCAAUAAAAUAUCUCGUAUGAUGAACUAUUUAAUAAAUGAAGGAACGAGGACUCCAGAAAUAAUGGAACCUGUGUUAUCAGCUUUAGAAGAUUUGGUUGCAAAUGUUCGUCAAAAAUGUGGAAUCGAAGAAGAAACCAGUAUUGUCAAGAAUGUCGAGGGUGGUGAAAGCAAUCUAUUGUUUAAUGCACAUUCUAAGAACUCUUACGUAGUACUUGAUCCGAUAGUUGUUAGUACUAAAGGCCGAACGAGUAAAAGAUUUAAAUCUGGCAGGGAGGAGAAUAGUAAGUUAUGCCGUGGGUGUAACAAGUGGGUUAUUGGGCAUGAUAAACGAAAUUGUCCUAUAUAUAACCAACUUGAUAAUGCAUCUGAAGAAGCCAGUUAUGGCACUAACAUUGAAAGAGGAAAGGGAAAAGCAGUUGGUAGGCCAAGAGGAAAAAAUAUAGUACAGGGUCGUGGUAGGAUGUUAAAUCAAGGUAAUUAAAAAAUAACUAUCAAGGCAUUUAUUAAUGAAUGUUUAAUAUAUACUUUCGAUUUUCAUGUACUUAUAUAAUCUCACAUGAUUAGAUUGAUCGGUACCAAAGGCAUGAUGUCUUAAAUGUCUACAAGCUUGCGCCAUCAGCUACAUGUACGAAUUCUAACCCUUUUAUUAAAACAAUAACUUAAAUAUAUGUUCUUUUCCUUUUGAUGCCUACAAUUUUUUGUUCUUUUCCUUUUCAUGCAUAUAGUUAAGUUUCAAUGGAUGUAUAAUUGAAAAUUUUUCUGGUCGUUUUGUAUGCAGGAAUAUCUUGAAA